AUGGCUACCCCCAGUGUCCUCGCUUUUGACGCUGAGGGUCGGGCCAUUGACUUUGACGUCUGGGUAGAUGACCUGCAGCUUUUCCUACAGUGCGAUAGGGCAGACGGUCUCUCCCUCUUUGACCUCACCUCUGGUGCCUCUCCUGCCCCUGCUGCUGAUGCCGACGCCACUGUUCGCUCACAGUGGGCCACACGCGAUGCUGCUGCACGUCUUGCUGUGCGUCGCCACCUGCCUACCUCUGAGCGUGCGCACUUUAGCCAGUACAAGAGUGCUCACACCUUGUACGACGCUGUAGUUGCGCGCUACUCCUCCCCUGCCACUGCUGCACUGAGCCGCCUCAUGCUACCGUACCUCUUCUCUGACCUUGCUGCCUUUCCCACAGUCGCUGACCUCAUUACGCACCUCCGCACUAGUGACACUCGCUACCGCGCUGCGCUUCCUGCUGAGUUCUGCGCCAAGAACCCCCCCCCCAUGUACAUCACCCUCUACUACAUAGUCACCCGGCUCCCUGACUCCCUUCGCGUAGUCAGGGACCACUUCCUCUCAGUUUGCCCCACCACUCUCACCGUUGACCUCCUCGAGAAGGCCCUCCUAGCAGCAGAGAAGAGCAUAGUCGCUGUAGGAGCCUCUCGUGGUGACCCUCGCACCCCCGUCUUUGAGGGGUGUUCCCCCUCCCCCCUUUUGCCCUCUGUUGCCUCUGCUGCUGCGGCCGACCUCGUUGGUUUCGAGUCGGUCGGCGCUGCGUCUGCCCCGAGCGGGAGACGCAGCACCGGCAAGGGCAAGGGGGUCACGGGUGCUGGAGGGGCUGGCGGGGGUGGCGGAGGUGGCGGUGGCGGCAGUGGAGGGGGUGGGGGUGGUGGUGGGAGUGGUGGCGGGGGUGGAGGUGUCGGUGGCGGCAGUGGAGGCGGAGGCGGCGGCGGCGGUGGCGGUGGGAGCGGAGGUGGCGGAGGUGGCGGCGGUGGAGGAGGCGGCGGCGGAGGAGGUGGAGCUGGUCGGGGUGGCGCUGCGCAGAGGGUCGGCUCCGGUGGUGGUCAGCGCCAGCAGCAGCAGCAGCGGCGGCAGCAGCGCACUCGUGACAUCCCCCCCCCUCAGCAGCUCCGUGAGUGGUACGCUGCACGCCAGCGGGGUGGGGGUACUGGUCCGUGCACCUACGUCCUACGCACCGGCGACCGCGCGGGUGAGCAGUGCGGGGGUGCGCACUCCACCCAGCGCUGCUUUGGCCGCCUGACGGACGCUUGGUGUCACCAGUUCCCUGAGGCCACUGAGAUCCCCCGCUGGGGCGAGCUGUCUAGGGCGGGUGUAGCUGUCUUUGACCUUGACUUUGAUGCUAUUCUUGCUGCCAUGUAUGCUGUGACUAUUAGUGAUGAGGGUGACUGUUACCGGUGUUUUCCGCCCGACCCGGGCAUUGAGACGGCUGCUCUAGGUACUGGUGAGGCUGCUGCUCUAGGUGCUAGCGAGGCUGCUGCUCUAGGUGCUCGUGCGUCUGCUCCCUCAGGUGCUGGUGAGUCUGCUCUCUCAGGUACUGCGUCGGCUUCGGUCUCCCACACCUUCACCCUUGACUCGGGGGCUUCUCGCUCCUUCUUUCGAGACCGCACCACACUCACGCCGCUUGGCCGGCCAGUUGCAGUCUCUCUGGCAGACCCCUCUGGGGGUCCUGUCCUUGCUCACUUCUCCACUGUCCUCCCGUGUCCGGCGGCCCCCUCUGGCACCCUGUCUGGUCUUUACCUCCCCUCAUUCUCUACGAACUUGGUGAGUGGUGCUGACCUACAGGAUGCGGGGGUUCACCAGUUCACUCCUGCGAGUCAGCGGGUGACCCACUGCACGGACGCUCGGACAGGCCGACACCUGGCCACGUUUACACGUCGGCCGGGGUCGAGCCUGUACACACUGACCACUGCGUCUCCUCCAGUCACUGCGUCUGGUCAGGUAGCUGAGUCGGGUCAGGUGUUUGCUGCAGCGUCCAGGUAG